AUGGCCCUGGUCCAAUACUCUGAUUCCGACUCGGACACAAGCGACUAUCAGCCAUCUCCUCCAAGACCCAUCAAAAAGAACCGUCGAGAAGGCAGCACGUCUCCUCUCCCCCCUUUGCCAACGGCAUUUCACGAUCUCUACGCCUCCAGCACUCGCGUCAGCAUACGAGAUGAUCCCAGUCUGCAUGGCGGUCGGAAACGGGUAAUUCCCCAUAUCGAGGGGAAUUGGCCCACCCACAUAUACCUCGAGUGGCAUCCGUCAAGAACGGAACUUGAUAUCCUUCAAUCUGUCGUCUCCCGAUGCGGGGAUGGUGAGUCGGGAGAACAUAGAGAACGCAUACAUAGUCUUCUGUACAGUGAUCUGGGGGCUCAGUUGCCACUGCAUAUCAGUCUUUCUAGACCGGUGGUCUUGCAGACUGAGCAGAGGUCAUCAUUUACGGAAGCUUUUCAGACCGCUCUUCGGGAUUCUCAUAUACGACCUUUUAAUGUGGAACCGGACGGUCUGAACUGGGUCUCCAAUUACGAGAAGACACGAUGGUUCCUCGUUGUACGAGUUAAGAGGCCCGAUGGAGAUAAUCUGAAUGCCUUGCUCAGAUUGUCGAAUCGUUCUCUUACUCUUUUCCGGCAGCCACCGCUGUAUGAAACUGGAACAGUGCAGAAACAGCAGAGCCGGCUCAACGGGUCUGAUCCGGGAGAUUUUUCGCAUUGCUUCCAUAUUUCUAUUGCGUGGAGCUUAAACAAGCCGUCUCUGGAAAUGGAGAAGAGGACUGCAGGUAUUGACCUCAAGGGGUUGAGGGAUCUAACUGUUCAUUUCAACAGUGUGAAGGUCAAGAUUGGUAAUAAUAUCUCGAGUAUGCCUCUUUCUCAGGGGACGUUUGAGGAAAAGGGAUUUGGUGGGCUUUGAUGGACCUGGAUAUUCCUGAACGAAGAUAUGAUAUAAUCUAAUAGACAUGCUUCAUGUAGAGUGUAGGUAUGAUGAAGCGUCGAGGUUCUCUCAUUUUCC